UUUCAUAUAAUCUGUGGUAUUGUAAUCUUUAGUCUGUACCACGGUCUUAGAUUAUGAUUAUAGAUCUGUACUGUGGCACGGUUACCUUAAUGCUUAGGUUAUUUUGAAUUUUUUUAAACUGUUACUCAUAACUCGUUCGCUAUGUUCUUAAAGCUUUACUAUAAAAAGUAGUCACACCUACUGCUUUAGCGAAAAUCGUGUUGACGAUCACACGUCGAUUGUCAAUGACAUUUUUAUCAUUGAACAUUAUUACUUCUUGAGUUGUUCAUUUAUUGUUAUAGUCAACACGGACGUUUCACCGUUAAUUAUCAAUAACUGUUUUGAGCUACUUUCGAUUUUCGUUAACUGUACGCGUGUAAGCACUCAACUAUACAUUUGGGGCGGGCAGCUGGUCAUGAUGGACAACGAGAAAACGUAUGUAGUUCCUAGCUUGUUGCAAACGGCGUACUACGCUUGUACCGAGAUCGACCGUGACAGGUACAACUCUCUGGACGUACCGGACGUCGAUAUGCGACGUUGUUGCGAGUUGCUGUUUGAAAUAUUAAAAAUCGACAAAAACCGAAACGAAGGCAACGAAAGACAGACCAUGUUCAUCAGGUUGCAGUCGACCAUCGACAACAUAAGGUUUCUAAACAUAAGCGAGGAGGCAGCGUCGCAUGGGCACAUAAAUUGCCUGAAACUCGCUCACGAGAUUGGCGUCCCUUGGAACAUUAAGGUGUGCAACCGGGCUGCGAGUAAGGGGCAUCUGGAGUGUCUAAAGUACGCCCGGGAAAACGGCUGUCCGUGGAAUGAGGUAACUUGUAGCAAUGCCGCAUUCAAAGGUCACAAGGACUGCCUGAUAUACGCACGGGAAAACGGGUGUCCAUGGGACAAAUCGACAUGCUUCAACGCCGCGGAAGGUGGACAUUUGGAUUGCCUGAUUUACGCGAGGGAAAAUGGGUGCCCGUGGAAUGAGAGCACUUGCAUGUAUGCCGCAUGGAACGGUCACAUGGACUGCUUGGUAUACGCACGAGAAAACGGGUGCUCUUGGAACGAGACGACAUGCACCUUUGCCGCGAUGGACGGUCACAAGGACUGCCUUGUUUACGCAAGGGAAAACGGAUGCCCUUGGGACGAGGAGACAUGCAGCUAUGCCGCAACGAAUGGUCACAUGGACUGCCUGAUAUACGCGAGGGAAAACGGGUGUCCGUGGGACGAGUACACAUGCGCCGGUGUUGCGUUGCACGGUCGCAAAGACUUAUUAAUUUACGCCCGGGAAAACGGCUGCCCAUGGAAUGAGAAAACAUGCAGCUAUGCCGCGAAGAACGGUCACAUCGACUGCCUGAUAUACGCCCGGGAAAACGGCUGUCCGUGGAAUGAGAUAACUAGCAACUAUGCCGCAUUGAACGGUCACAAGGACUGCCUGAUAUACGCACGGGAAAACGGGUGCCCUUGGGACGAGUGGACAUGCAGCUCUGCCGCGAAGAACGGACACAUGGACUGCCUGAUAUACGCCCGGGAAAACGGCUGCCCGUGGAAUGAGAAGACUUGCAGCCGUGCCGCAUUGAACGGUCACAAGGACUGCCUUGUUUACGCAAGGGAAAACGGAUGCCCUUGGGACGAGGAGACAUGCAGCAGUGCCGCAACGAACGGUCACAUGGACUGCCUGAUAUACGCACGGGAAAACGGCUGCCCGUGGAAUGAGAAGACUUGCAGCUCUGCCGCGAGGAACGGUCACAUCGACUGCCUGAUAUACGCACGUGAAAACGGGUGCCCGUGGGACGCGGAUACGUACACCUAUGCAAAAAACAACGGUCGCAUGGACUGCAUGGUAUACGCAUAUGAAAACGGGUGCGUAAUUCUGGUUUAGCAACCUAUCGAUUUUUCAAAUUUUUUUUCCAAAAUGUGUAUUUUAUGCUUUAUAAAAAUGUAAAAAAAAUAAAAAAAAAACCCGCAUAAACUUCGUUUGAAGUUGUAGCCAUCCAAAGUUUGCGAUUUUACGUCUAUACGCAUGUGCAGAAAACUACUUUAAUGAUGCGCGGAGGAACACGUCUUGGUUUUUUUGAUUUCUUUUUGUCUGGGCGCAGCGCAGUGAGAGAGUGGCAAUGCUAGCCGAUUAUGUUCUUUUUAACAACUUUGUUUUAUUCCGAGGCCUACCCAAGGGGGUUUUACACUGCAAAUCAGGGUUAUUUUCGAUUUUAUUGUCAGAGUGAUAUUCAAUUCUAAGUAUUAAAAAAAAAAGCGUUAUGAAUAAAAUUUAGUAUUUGAAGUUUUUCAUCAAUAACUUCAAAACGAAGUUUGUCGGUGCUUUUUUAUUUUACAUUCUUACAAAGCACCCUAAAACACACAUUUUGAAAAAUCGAUAGGUUUGUUAAAGAAGAUUGUACCAAAACGGUCGUCAAUGUUUUUAUUCAUGUGACACAUUGACUGUCAUUUUAUUAUGAUUGUAUGUUAUAAGUUCUUAGAAUAUAGAAUAUUUUGUAUCCUGUUAAGGGCCAAUACACAAA